AUGGAGGAUGUUCUUGCUCGAUUACGAUCUAGGCUAAAGCUAACAUAUGAAGAGUUGGAAACCACACCUCCAUUGGAAGCUUGGAAGAAUAUGGAUCUCAAUACCGAUCUUCAAUUGAUAGGGCGUAUCUUGUCCCGUAAGAAGAUAAAUCGGGACGCUUUGGAAAUAACGAUGCCUAAAGUUUGGAGUCCAGUUCAUGGAACUUCAGUGGAGAAAAUAGGAGAAGGAAGAUUCAUUUUCCACUUUAAACAUAAGCUUGAUCGUGCUAAGGCUUUGGAGGACGGACCAUGGUGUUUUGAUAAGAAUUUGACCAUGCUAGACAAGAUAAGUGAGGAUAAAACUCCAAAACAAAUUAGUUUGGAUUGGCGUGACUUCUUUGUUCAUGUGUCGGGGUCGGGGCUACCGCUUCUUGAGCGGAAUAGGGCUAUGGCUACCCAUAUCGGAAACACACUGGGAUUUUUGAAGAUUAACGAAUGCAAGGAUGGCUUUCCGGUUUUUGGUGAUGUGCUACGGAUUAGAGUUUUGAUUAAUGUUACCAAGCCUUUACGUCGGCUAGUGAAACUAAGUAACACCAAAGGAGAAAUUACGGAAGUGUCUCUCGAAUAUGAACGUCUCCCAAACUUCUGCUACUACUGUGGUUUAAUGGAUCAUAUCUCUGGGGGAUGCGCAAUGGUAUACUCUUUCUCACCGGAGCAAAGGGAUGAUGAACCUCCGAUCCAUAUGGAGAUUGGCUCAAAGCUACUUCCUCCGUCGCAGGCAACGAUCCAGCAAGCAAAUUAA